AUGGAAUUGAUAUGCCUCAACGGCCUACAAACAAACCCAGAUGUGCCCGGAUGCGAGCGGGUCGUGGGGACAUGGCUUCGCCGGGAGUGGCUGGAGCUUCCUCGGGAGGAGGUUAUCGCUACCGAUUUCAAUGCCCCCCCAGAGCUGUUGGGAGCGGAGAAGAUUUUCAUGGUCAAAGGAUGGAAUCGCUCAGUCUGCGGAUUGGCAGUCUUGUUCGCAGCCUUCAAACAAUCUGAAUUGCUGAAGGCCUGGUGUUGGAAAAUUGCUUCAUUGUUGGAUCCAACCCGUACCGUCGCCUCCUUCGCGAGCGCGUACUCUCUGGGCAAACACGAGUCCGCAGCGGCGCUGAACCUCCUGCGGCGAGUGCCCAGCGAAAUCAGGGAGGGAUUGACCCUCCUUGCACAGCUCCAAAAGGUUUGUGCGCUCUUUGUGGCCUGCAUUGAUCAGUUCAAGGCACAGGUGCCGUCCGCUUUCAGUGAGUCCGCGCUUGCUGAGGUCAACAAAGCGUUUGAAAAGAGACACGCGGACGCCGAUUUGUUGGCCACGCUGGAUGGGUCUGUCCCUCCACCUGACCUCUCGAAGAUUAGCGUCUUUGCAGUGCAUCUAUCCAAAUAUGCUACAGAGGCCAGGCUCAGUCAACAGCUGCUCCAAACCACAUGGCAACAGAUGGAGUUGCAAGUGGAGCAGGACAAGGUGAAAUUGCAGGAUUGGUCCAGGAAGUUUACAAGCUUCAUGGCCAAGCAGGGAUCACUGGAUGUGAAGUACCUCUCAGACCGGUACGCAAAGGGCAAGGAGGAAAUCAGCAAGCUCCUGGCAGAGAAGCACCGCAUCGUCCGACAUCCAUCCAUUUGUUUGGGGCAUUCUGCUAUUGUGCAAAUGCAAGGUGAAAUGGGACCUGAUGGGUUGACCAUAUUGAUUGCAGAUGCAACCUUGUGGCCAACGCGUCCACUCUCGAUUGAUGAGGCGGUUCAAGUCGCACAGGGCGUGACUGGGGGCAAUUGUAACUCGGUGUCUUUCUGGUGCCUGCCACAAUGGCAUUCCAGUGCUGGGAAGGUUGCGGUCUUGAAAAACAGGAGACUUCUAGAAGACAAGGUGGUUGGGAAUAUUGGGUGUUUGGCUGGGGUGGCUCCUGGGAUGAGCGAUGUUCCAUGGAGUCGCAGCAGGGCUUUGUUGGGUAGCAUAGAUGAAGUUGACCGAGCGCGGGUCAACGAGCUCUCCAACCCAGAGCCAGACAAGCCCUUGGUCCAGCAGAGGGGUGUGCAAGCGUGCGUGGACAUCCUGGAACAACUUCUCUGUGGAAUGCAUGCCCGCGAAGCCCAGCCCGUGCUGUUGUGGUCCCAAGCAGCAUGGCAGCUUCAGCGCGCAUUCUUGCAGGGCGCGUCAGCGGAAGACCGCGCCUGGGAUGUUCGGUUUCUCAGCAUCUACCACGACGAUGAUACCAAGCAUGCCGAGUCCUGCCAACAGCUCAUUUGUGGAAGGGCCAUGCAGCAGUGGUGGGAUACUUCAAGCGCCGCUGGGCCAAAGUCCCGUGCUGCUCAAACCUUCUCAGAGGAAAUCCCUGGUCUGGAUUGCUUGAUUGUGUUGGACAAUGAGCUGAAGUCUUUGGGUUAA